GGAAUACGUAUGCUUCAAACCUCCCGCGAAGCUGUUUGGAAAAAGCAACAGCAAUUCUCUUUCUUUCAUUCCUUCCAUUCGGAUAAGAGUGAGAGCACCAAACAUAACAAAAACAAUGGCAUGUUCUUGCUGGAACUCCAUUUUCACUCCUCUCAAACCUACUUCUAACACCAUUUCUUCUUCUUCUUCUUCUGCUGCUGCUUCGCCUCAUCAGCUUCCUCGGUUGGUACCAAGAGCAUCAGCUAGUAUUAACCGCAGGCAGUUAAUCGCUGAGACUGCUGCUGCCAUUGCACUACCGCCAUUGCUCGGAGCCGGAAUCUCACCUCUCCCCGCUAAAGCUGACGAGGUGCCUCUCUCUGAAUGGGAAAGAGUUUAUCUUCCUAUUGACCCUGGUGUCGUCCUUCUCGACAUUGCCUUUGUUCCCGAUGACCCCACUCACGGUUUUCUACUGGGGACCAGGCAAACUAUUUUGGAAACAAAGGAUGGAGGAAGUACUUGGGCAUCAAGAUCUAUAGCUUCUGCCGAAGAGGAAGAUUUCAAUUAUAGGUUUAAUUCUAUUAGCUUCAAAGGCAAGGAAGGGUGGAUUAUUGGAAAACCAGCAAUCUUGUUGUAUACUUCCGAUGCUGGUGAAACCUGGCAGCGGAUACCUUUGAGUUCUCAACUUCCUGGUGACAUGGUUUAUAUCAAGGCAACUGGAGAAAAAAGUGCAGAAAUGGUAACUGACGAAGGUGCAAUAUAUGUUACAUCGAACAAGGGAUACAACUGGAAGGCUGCUAUACAAGAAACUGUGUCCGCUACCCUUAAUAGAACAGUUUCUAGUGGCAUUAGUGGUGCCAGUUACUAUACAGGCACUUUCAGUACUGUUAAUCGCUCUCCUGAUGGACGUUAUGUAGCUGUUUCAAGCCGUGGUAACUUCUAUUUGACCUGGGAGCCAGGGCAGGCGUACUGGCAACCGCAUAACAGAGCUGUGGCUAGAAGAAUCCAAAACAUGGGCUGGAGGGCUGAUGGUGGUCUUUGGCUACUCGUGCGUGGUGGAGGGCUAUACCUCAGCAAGGGCACAGGGUUAUCGGAGGACUUUGAAGAAGUUUCUGUACAAAGCCGUGGUUUUGGCAUUCUUGAUGUCGGCUACCGCUCACAGGAUGAGGCAUGGGCUGCUGGUGGAAGUGGGAUUUUAUUGAAGACCAAAAAUGGCGGCAAGACAUGGAUUCGUGACAAAGCAGCUGAUAAUAUUGCUGCGAAUCUUUAUUCGGUGAAGUUUAUCAAUGACAACCAGGGAUUUGUACUGGGGAACGAUGGUGUUUUACUCAAGUAUCUUGGGUAGAUACAAUGAUAAAACCAAGGUUAGCGAAGAAGCAAUUUUGAAAGCAGAUACUUGAAACUGAAGAAGUGUAAUUUGAACUUUAUAUAUACUUGUUUAAUUCUUUGCUGAUGAUCACCAUAACAAAGGGAAGUGUUCAUAGGGUUUAGAUUAUCUUCUGAAUUGUAUUAUGAUAUACUGUACUUGUCAAACAAAUUAAACUUUGAGAAUCUUGGCUUUACAACUCAGAAAAUGUAAAGAUAGAAUGUCCUGAUCUUGUUCAAACUCAA